CCCAGAAGCUGCAUUCCGAGCAUCAAUUGCAUCUCGUCUCGCCUUUCCUUUUAUUUCUCACCUUAUUUUGGCAAGGUAUGUCGGUGAUAUGUGUGGCGACGACCAAGUUGGGAGCUCUGUUGCACACGGCUAAUAGCUCCAGACCCAGCUCCUUACAGCAAUCAUGGCGGCCAACACAUUCGAAGCCAAGGUCAAGUCGGUCCUCUCGGGCGACACGGUGGUGCUGCACAACAUCAACAACCCCAAGCAAGAGCGCAUACUGAGCCUGGCAUUCGUCACUGCGCCCCGCCUGCGACGGGAGGGAGACGAGCAGUUCGCCUUCGAGUCACGCGACUACCUGCGCCGCCUGCUCGUGGGCAAGGUCGUGCGCUUCCAGGUGCUGUACAAGAUCCCGACGGGCGCCAACCGCGAGUACGGGCUGCUUGUCCUGCCCGACCGCAUCGUGCUGCCCGAACAGGCCGUGGCCGAGGGGUGGGUCAAGCUGCGGGACGAUGCUGCACGCAAGGAAGACUCGGAGGAGGCCGCACAGCUGUUGGACCGGCUGCAGGCUGUCGAGGCGCACGCCCGGGUCGAGUCCAAGGGCCUGUGGCAGGAGUCGGGCAGCCGCAUCAACUCGCAGUCGGAGCUGGGCGACACGCAGAAGUUUGUCGAGGACCACAAGGGCGAGGAGAUCACCGCCAUCGUCGAAAAGGUCCUCGCCGGCGACCGUCUGAUCGUGCGCUUCCUCCUCUCGCCCACCGAGCACGUGCAGACCAUGGUGCUCCUCGCCGGCAUCCGCGCGCCUGCCACAAAGCGCACCAACCCGUCCGACGGCAAGGAGCACGCGGCCGAGGCCUUUGGCGACGAGGCGCAACAAUACGUCGAGUCGCGGCUGCUGCAGCGCAACGUCAGCGCCAUCGUGCUGGGCACCACGCCCAACGGCCAGAUCGUGGCUGACAUCAGACACCCCACCCAGGGCAGCAUCGCGCCCUUCAUCCUCAAGUCGGGCCUGGCCAAGUGCACCGACCACCAUACGACGCUGCUCGGGCAGCAGAUGGGUGUCUUGAGGAUGGCCGAGAAGGCCGCCAAGGACGGCCGCGUCGGUCUCUACCAGGGCCACGUUGCGCCCAAGACCAGCAAGGCGAACGAGAUCGAGGCCGUCGUGAGCAGAGUGCAGAGCGCCGACACCAUCUUCGUCCGCAACAAGGCCGGCGAGGAGAAGCGCAUCAACCUCAGCAGUGUCCGCCAGCCCAAGCCCACAGACCCCAGCCAGUCGCCGUGGGUAGCAGAAGCAAAGGAGUUCCUGCGGAAAAAGCUGAUCGGCAAGCACAUCAAGUACCACGUCGACGGCAAGCGCCCGGGGUCCGAGGGCUACGACGAGCGCGAGAUGACCACCGUCUCCCUGCAGGGCAAGAACAUCGGUCUGCUUCUUGUCGAGAGCGGCAUGGCUACCGUGAUCCGCCACCGCCAGGACGACACCGACAGGAGCCCCAUCUACGACGACCUCCUGCUUGCCGAGCAGACCGCCCAGGACGCACAAAAGGGCCUCUGGUCGCCAAAGUCACCCUCCACAAAGCAAUACGUCGACUACUCCGAGUCCCUCGAGAAGGCCAAGCGUCAACUCUCGCUGCUCUCUCGCCAACGCAGGGUGCCCGCCAUUGUUGACUACGUCAAAUCUGCCUCUCGCUUCACCGUCCUCGUCCCCCGCGAGAACGCCAAACUGACCUUUGUGCUCUCCGGAAUCCGCGCACCGAAAUCUGCCAGGAACGACAACGAAAAGGGCGAGCCGUUCGGCAAGGAGGCCCAUGAGUUUGCCAACAAGCGAUGCCAGCAGCGGGACGUCGAGAUUGACGUCGAGGACUGCGACAAAGUCGGUGGUUUCAUCGGCACGCUCUACAUCAACCGCGAGUCGUUUGCCAAGACGCUCGUCGAGGAGGGUCUGGCGUCCGUACACGCCUACUCGGCCGAGAAAUCCGGCAACGCAAACGAGCUCUUCGCCGCGGAGCAAAAGGCCAAAGACGCGCGGAAAAACCUGUGGCAAGAGUACGACCCUUCGCAAGAGGAAGAUGCGGAGGACAGCACAGCGUUCGCCACUCAGACGUCGACCAACGAUGCGCCAGUGUCGAGACAAAAAGACUACCGCGACGUCGUCGUCACACACGUCACCGACGAGGGCAGACUCAAACUCCAACAAGUCGGCACCGGCACAGCCGCCCUCACAGAACUAAUGAGCGCCUUCAGCAAAUUCCACAUGAACCCCACCAACUCAGCCGGGCUCCCCAACCCGCCCAAAGCCGGCGACUUCGUAGCCGCAAAGUUCACAGAAGACGACACCUGGUACCGCGCACGCAUCCGCCGCAACGACCGCGAAGCCAAAAAAGCAGAGGUCGUCUACGUCGACUACGGAAACUCGGAAACGAUCCCAUGGUCCCGUCUCCGGCCCCUCUCACAGCCGCAAUUCCUGCCCGCGAAACUCAAACCUCAGGCCCUCGACGCGCAGCUGUCUUUCAUCCAGUUACCGGGUAACCCAGAGUACCUCGCCGACGCGGUGCACGUCAUCGCGCAGGAGACGGCGGACCGUUCCCUCGUCGCGAAUGUCGACCAGGUGGAUCGCGAUGGCCUGCUGUGGGUUACGCUGUUUGAUCCCAAGCUGAGCAAGUCGGGCGAGGAGAGCGUGAAUGCCGAUGUGCUUAGUGAGGGGCUCGCCAUGGUGCCGAAGAAACUUAAGGCUUGGGAGAGGAGUGCGGGGGAUGUGCUCGCCGCGCUGAAGAGGAAGCAGGAUGUUGCUAAGGAGGAGAGGAGGGGGCAGUGGGAGUAUGGCGAUUUGACCGAGGAUGAUUAGGUGGGUGGUUGGAUGGGGAGGGGGGGGGUUGUGUUUGACUAGCCGUGUAUGUGUGUAUGUACGUGUGUGUCUAUGUAAAAGAUGG